GCAUGAUAGAAAUUAUAAUACAGAAUCCAAUAUUAUUGAUCAAGAAAUAAAGGAUGUGUAGUACUAACACUUCAGUACUUGAUUGCUUCAACCCGGAUGCAAAAUUCAACAUGAUUGAUCGAAACACUGCAAAUUAUCAUCCUAGUAUUUGGAAGGAUUAUUUCCUUCAAUAUGCUUCACAAUCCAUGGAAUUUGAUGAUGAAACGAAGGCACAAAUUGAAAAACUGAAGAAACAAGUUGUCAAAAUGCUUAUUGAUGUCUCAAAGCCCAUUGAAGAAAUAGUUAACUUGAUUGAUUUAAUCUGUCGUUUGGGGAUUCAUUAUCACUUUGAGAGUGAGAUUGAUGAAUUGCUGCAACAAAUUCACAACAAUUAUACCAAAAAUGGAGAAAUAAUAAUUUUUGAGGACAACCUUCCUUCUCUUGCUUUACUUUUUAGGUUACUAAGGCAACAAGGAUAUCGCGUUUCACCAAAUGUGUUCAAUAAAUACAAAGAUGAGAAUGGAAAGUUUAGUGAAAAACUUGUGAAGGAUGUGGAAGGAUUGGUAGAGUUGUAUGAAGCAUGUCAUGUCAGAAUUCAUGGAGAAGACAUAUUAGAUGAAGCUUAUGCAUUCACUUCCACUCAACUUAAAUCCAUUGCCACCCAAUUGAAGGCUUCUCUUGCAGCACAAGUCAAUUAUAGUUUAAAGCAAUCUUUACACCGAGGUUUGCCGAGAUUGGAGGCACGCCGUUUUAUUUCAAUAUAUGAACAAGAUCCAACCCAUAAUCAAAUUCUACUCACUCUUGCAAAAUUAGACUUUAAUUUCCUACAAAACUUGCAUCGAAAAGAAGUUGGCAACAUUACCGAGUGGUGGAAGGAGCUUAAUGUUGCUGUAAAACUACCAUAUGCGAGAGAUAGAAUUGUAGAAUGUUGUAACUGGAUUUUGGCGGUUUAUUUUGAACCUCAAUAUUCUCAAGCUAGGAAAAUACUGAUAAAAUUGAUUGCUCUUAUAUCAAUUAUUGAUGAUACAUAUGAUGCCUAUGGAACUAUAGAUGAACUAAAACUUUUCACCGAGGCAAUUGAAAGGUGGGAUAUUAGCUCCUUGGAUGAUCUUCCCGAAUACAUGAAAUUAAUUUAUGAGUCUCUCCUCAAAUUUUUUGAAGAAGUAGAACGAGAACUUGAAAAUCAAGGAAGAGCAUAUUGCAUUAAAUAUUCCAUUAAAGAACUUCAGAAGACAACCCAGGCCUAUAUGACUGAAGCCAAAUGGUUGAAUAACAAGUAUAUACCAACAAUAGCAGAGCACUUACAGAUAUCAACAGUAUCAUCUGCUUAUCCAUUCCUCGUGACAAGUUCUUACAUUGGCAUGGGAGAUAUGGCCAUAGAAGACAUCUUCAAAUGGGUAACAAGUAAACCCAAAAUUGUUACAGCUUCCACAAUUAUUUGCAGGUUCAUGGAUGACAUUGUCUCUAAUGAGUUUGAACAGGAAAGAGAACAUGUUACCUCAACAAUAGAAUGCUAUAUGAGAGAAUAUGAUAUAUCCAAAGAAGAAGCCAUUCAAAAAUUGCAAAAGGGAGUUACAGAUGCUUGGAAGGAUAUAAAUGAGGAAUGCCUGAAGCCAACCAAAGUUCCAAUCUUAUUUCUUACGCGUGUUGUCAACAUGGCACGAUUUAUAGAUGUGAUGUAUAAAGAUGAAGAUUGUUAUACUCAUGCUGAAGGAAAAAUGAAGAAAUGCAUUGAAGCUUUGCUUGUUGAUCCGGUGCCAAUCAAUAAUAUAAGGAAAGAUAUGAAACCUUUUAUAUAUGCCUAAACAAAAUCUAACAAAAUUGAGUACCAAGUGGAGUACCAAUUGAUGCUUUCGUUGAGAGGCCAACGACGGCGGAAGGAACUCGCCUAAAUCGGUUGGAGGAACUCACUUUCUCUGACAAGAACAAAGUUGAGAUGUUGAGUUGGAGGCUUGUUAAGGCUAAUGAGCGCAUUGUAGAGACAUAAUACCAGCUUACCACCAUCGAAAAAAUUCUCCACGAGAAUAUGAAGUUAAAGACCAAGAGAGAUGAUCAGAUUCAGCCAAGGGAGGAAUCAAUGAUUGGUUCUGGUUCGGGCUCACCAAGCUCUCAUGGGGAUCGCAUUGGCCACGCAAGUUGAAGGUGGCCAACUUACCUAUGUUUGAUGGACAGGGGGUAGAAGACUGGGUCUUCAGAGCUCAUCAGUAUCUUAAAACUUUUGACAUUCCCGUUGAAUAGAAAAUUUGUGUACUUUCCUUUCAUCUUGUGGGAGCUGCGUAUGGAUGGUACCGUUGGAGAAUCAACAAUAACAUCGCUUACAUCUGGAGACCUUUUUUGACGCCCUAAAUUCUUGUUUUGCUAAAAAGUCUUCUCUAAUCACCGCAUCGCCCUCAAAGCACUGAAAAAAAAUUGUGAAAGAAUACCAAUAUCAAUUUGAAGAGUUCAGCAACCAGCCAACCAUUUGACUGGACUGAGUGAGGAGUGAAUCAUAGCCCUCUUCAUUGCUAGGCUUCAAGAUCAUUUGAAAUAUGAAUUGUUACUGUCCUAAUCCAGUUCAUACAUCCAAGUUGUAUCUAUUGCUAAAAUGCAUGAACAGAAAUGGUAAUUAAUAUUAUAUUAUUAUUAUAUUAUAUAAA